AUUUAAGGUCAAGAACUGCGGCGCUUUCAUAUUGGUCCGCUACGAUGCACGAAAUAAAUAUCGAUGAUAUAAGUUUGGGUUCUGGAUUCUCACAUGCUAGAUACGCGUCUGUAGUUUCAGCCAUAGGAUUACAUAAUCGAAAUUUAUUCAUAGGAUCCUCCUCUAUAUCAGGUGAAAAAUGAUACCUUCCUAGAUGCAAAAAUAAAUUUGUGGUGUUAAAGAUAUUUUUGCAAACCAGUUUUUCAUUAUUAUAAAUAAUUGAUGUAACUGGAUGUAUUACGGCCUAUUUUUUACAGUUCAUCUUGUACUUCUUUAAUUGUUAGCUCUAGUUGGGGAUCUAUGGGGCGGCAGCUUGGUCGUCUACAACCUGAAGAACUUAAGAAAUUAUUUUGGUCGUAUUGCAUAUAAAGAUGAAUCGGCUGUAAUUGAUGACAUCUCUCAACAAGUUGUUACGGAGACUUCUUUCGACUCCUCUAUCGCAUCAAUAGCACCAUUGAACUUAAGUUGCAGUGAAUUAACAGAUGCUGUUGUGAUUGGUUUAGAUGAUGGUUCUAUUCAGUUGGUUACAUUGCGUGAGAUGUCAGCCAAUUCUCAUCAGUCACAAAUGCAGCCAUUAACGAUCAAUUCUGCUACAUAUCAUGAUUGGCCGUUGAAGAAAGUAAUAGCAUCUCAGACCUCAGGGUCUACGAAUCCUCAUAUCAUAACAUUAGAUGUAGCUGGAUGUGUAAAAUUAUGGGAUUGUCCAUCUUUAAUGCCUAUUAAAUCAUGGUCUAUCAAUUCUACAACAUGGCCUGUUAACGGUUCUGCUUUCACUCCAGAUAUUUCUCUACUAUCUACUAAUAAUACUAAUAACAUGAUAAAUCAUCAAAAUAAUUGUGAAAACUUUUUAUUAUCAACUUUAAAUCCAUUAGAUGUGAAACGAAAAAUUUGUUUAUGGGAUAUUCGUGUCAAUGAUGUAUCUAAUCCAAUUGUAAUUCAAUCAAGUGACUGUUCAAAUGUUACACAUGAUUUACCAACAGCACUCAGUUGGCUUUCAACAAAUCAUUUGCUAUUAGGAACUUACGAAGGUCAUUUAUGGAUUUAUGAUAUUCGCAAUCCUAAAAUGGAACUAACAAAUGUAGAUGUUACAGAUACAAAUCAAACUUUCAAAUUGUCCUCAAAUAGAUGUAAACAAAUUGUUGAAAUCCUUACGCAUAAUUACCCAGAAACAUCAACUGAAAAUAUUCAUAAUACUUCCAAAUAUAUCGGACUAAUUCAAAUCAAUGGUUCAAUAGAUGUUUACCAACAGAAUAUAUCAACAUUUAAUGUAUCAAAUGACAUGUUUACACAUGUAUAUCAUGAUGAUGGAAAAUCAAUCACGAACAUCGAUAAUAAAUGUUAUGGAAGAGUUAAACCAUGUGGUUUGUUUCUAUCUUCUGAUCUUAUGAAUUCUGAACAACCAUGGAGAUUACUACUGUCAACUGGUAUUCCUGACAAUAAUCAUAAUCUAUCAUUAACAAAUACUUCAUCAUAUACUGCUAACAUGAAUUAUCAUACAACAACAACAACAACACCAACUAUACUUAAUUAUCAACUUCGUGUAUAUCCAAAUGUAAUUCAAACAAAUAUUCCAGGAUUCAAUAAUCUCUCUAGAAUUCAUUACAUAAAAUUACUUAAUAUAUAAUGUACAUGCGAAAUACGAAAUUCAUAUCAAAGUAUAAAAUGUAGUGUAUAAUAAAUUUACAGUGAUCUUACUCCACUGAUUAUUGAUUUACUUCUUCUCUGACUGGUUGUGAUAAACAAGAAUGUGUAUAAUGUUAAAAAGAAACAAAAGAUGGAUAAGAUUCAAUUAAUAUUGUAAUGUAUUUAUUUUGUAUUUGUGUGUAUGUAUAUGUAAAAUUCAGAAUUGUACAUUUAUUGCAUUUAAUAGUAGUAAUACGUUUGAGAAAUAAAAUCAAUUAUUCGUUUUUGUAGAAAAAAGAAGCAACGAAAUUUUCAUGACUUCUUGAUUUUAUGCCUUUUUGAGUGUAGUUCGCUUGUAUAAUUAACUUUGUCCGUUGUCGUUGCUGGUGUUGUUUGCUUUACACACACUCCCUUAUCCUCAGUUGUUUUAUUUGAAUGUUAUCUAAUGUUUGAUGCUUUCUGAUGUCUUCUUAUAAUCAAUAAGUUGGGUGAAGUAAUUGUUAUUGGUUACGAAAACUGUUGAUGAGAUUUGAUUUGUAGGGGUUUUUAUUUUCUCGCUUUUGAUGUCUCAGACUACUAUUGAUCAGUUUCUGUGAAGAUAUAUGUGGAGCGGUAGCUUAGUGGUUAAGAUGUUCAGCUUCUCAGGUUUAAACCCCGCUGCACCACCUACGUCAGUUCGGGCAACCGUUCAGUAUUACUAAUUGAAGUGUGACUUAUAAUCAAGUACCUUGUGAAUGAGUCUGAUAUUUUUUCUGUGUACGUCUAGAAGCCUUAAAAUCAUCUGUGGGAAAAUGUAAACCUUACGAAUAAAAUCUAUACUGAUCGCCUAGUGAACGAAGAAUCGGUGGGAAAACCAACUUAUUUUUUAUGCAAAAUCAAACUGUGGCUUUAUAAAACAUGAAAAUCAUACGCAGAAUACAUCAUUUGCAUAUCUUCCUUUAGUUAUCUUACAUACUUCACUAUUCUUCCGUUGUUAUCGUUCUGAUUGCUCUUCUCUUUCCUUCUCUUCUCAUUUCGAUUUUCUGCUAGUAAGCAUUCUACUUCCGAUUUCUACUACUUACUGCUUAUGACUGUCUGCAUAUAUAGUGCACACCUCAGUCGCACAGGUCAACGACUAUCUGGGAUCAACCAAAUGUCACUAGGUCAAAGUCUCGGUGUGAGUAUCAGCACUGAGGCACAGAUGCAUUCAGCUGAUGAGCUAUAGAUAGGAUGAAACACAUUUCCUAGGUUUCGCUGCUAGCCAUUAUCUGACUGUAAUAAAAACUUGUUGGUGAAACUGUGGUGUGCUACUUAUGUAGACAUAAGUAGUAUAUGAUGUCAUUCGUGAACAGAAUGUCUAGCAGUAGAGAAACAAGAAGAUCGAACAGUAAAGAAUGAAAACGCAAGAACAAAGGAAGUCUGAGUCAUCUGAGACAAUUGAUGGAUAUUUUGCAAAUUGAGCACUUACUAUAUGGUUGUUAGAUUUUACUAACUAGUUCUGUAAUUUGGUCUUAGGUUAAUUGGUGUACUAGUUUAAAAUUGUCAGUGUUGUUAGUUUAUUCAGUGGUUAGUUUUCAAACAUUCUUUUUUACGUUUCAACAUCAAUUCGAGUACUAUUAAAAAUUAGAGUAGAUUCAACAGUUGUUUCAUUGUCCUCACCAGUCCACACACAUAUAAAUCCACUAGGGAUCUAACCCAGUGCUCUUUGGACCUCGCAUUACUGAUGAAUGUCAUACGAGGAUGAAACAACUGUCAUAUUCACCCUUGAUUUUUAUUAAUAUCCCAUUUGAUAUCAGUCCGUAACAAGUAUCAUAUAAAAAGUAACCUAAUCUUCACAAAGCUCUAU